CCACAAUACCGGUCGCGUUCUCCGGACCUAGUACAAGUCGCCCGUCCGUACCGUAGUAUUAUCGGAUCCCUUUCCUCGGGCGAAAUGCCCUCCGGAGGUCAAUUACAAAACUUGCUCCAUUCUGCCAUCGAGGGCCUGCAACUCCUGGAUCCAGACGUCGCCCAGCACAUGUCAAAUGACGAUGUUGGUCCUGACGACAUUCGCUUUCGAAAGACGAGACCCCGUGUUGAAUACAGGGAGCGACCUCCGAAUCAGCUCACUCCUCCGCUUCAGACCGACAGCGGCAAGUCACUAGACGACAAUGACUCAGAAGAGGAGGAAAAACCGAAGCUUCAAAUGAAGCGAAGGCGAGAGGGUGCUGGCCCCGAUUGCUCUGGAUGUCAUUCUACAACUACGCCGGAGUGGAGGCGUGGGCCGAUGGGGCCUCGCACGUUGUGUAACGCAUGCGGACUCGUGUAUGGAAAACUGGUGAACAAAAAGCGCGCGUACGACAACGCGAUCGCCCAGGGCCAAUAUAUUUCUCCUACUGUCCUCUUUGCGGAUGAAGCCAACGAGGGAUGGGGCGACAGGAUGCCUACGACCCCUGAGGAAUCGCUGGCACUUAUCAAAAGGGUGCGGAAGGCCGUCGUUGGCGGAGGGCAUCCGCGCAAACCCAAAGACGGGGUAUCCUCACCCGGCUCGAAUGACUCUGGCGGAAGUGCCCGUUGCUAGUGAUUCCAUUUUGUUUUAACAGCCAUUGCCUGGGGCAUUGGUUACAGUUCACUCUAUCGUAUUCCACACGCUGCACUAAUGGGUUCACAAGUUGCCCUCCUAUUCCUGUGCAAAGUAUCAAUUAUUCACAACGUAUUGUUUUGUGAUAUACAAAUUCUACAUUGAUU